AUGACGGACAAGAAGCUCACGGUGCGAGAGGUGGGUGAACGCAUCUUAAACGACUUCAUGAACGACUUGGACUGUAUCUUCACUGACGACAACGCAGAGGAAUUGGUGCUGCGGAUUCGAUUGUUGAAGGUUAGUGUCUUCAAUCCUGCGUUGGGUGCCAACGAGACGAAUGCCUCGAAGAUCCUGAACACGAUGCUCGGUGCGGCACCCAUCCCACCCGCCCCCCCGCCCUUGGCGGAACUGGGCUAUCCCGUGGGAGCGCCGCCGGUGCCCACCGUGCCGCCCGUGCCGGGCUUGCCGACGGUGGCGCCGCUGCCGGUGGUCCCGAAUCCACCUGCGUGUACCACGGAUCUCAGCACACUGAUCUAUUUAGUGACUGCCAUGGCCAAGUUGAUCACCUGGAGCACUCAGUACUGCGCCCAACCCAAUGAGGUGUCGACCAUUUGCGCGAACUAUGUCAUUGGAAUCAUUGGGAAAUGCUUAUCGAUUACCAGUACUCUGGCAAGUACAGUGUUCGCUUGUGGGAAUGUCCGAGCAGUAUGCACCCAAGUGAUCGCGAACGCCAUCAGGGGAAUUGUUACUGCGGUUGGGCUCACGAUGAAGAUUGAGAUCACAUGUUUCGAUGAUGUCCUAUGUUCCUACAUGUCGAUACGCUUCGUGUCGGCCCUACUCCACGCGGCCAAGAACAUCGAGACGGCCAUCAUCACGUGUCCCAUCGAGGAUGGUCACGACGGCGAUGAUGGCGAUGAUGGCGAUGGUGCCCGACGGAUGUUCGAGGAACCGGAUUUCAGUGUCCCGGCGCUGCGGCACCCUUUGCAGCGUGGCCUUCUUCCCCUCAGUGCGUGGGGAUUGGAAUGA